AUGGGGAAUCAUGUUCCCGCGGGUUUCUUUACGCAGGCUAAUUCCUUGUUUAGAAAGAACUUAACAUAUCAGAAACGGAACAUAUGGAGCAACGUUCGGCUCAUCGUGAUCCCUUUCUACCUCUGCGUACUGCUAGUUGGCAUUCAAGUCUUGUUCGAUACACAAGUUAAUAACUCUGCUGAUAAUCGAUGUGGUUGUCGAUGCAUCGACAAAAAUGGAGAUGGUAAAUGCGGACAAAAGAGUUGCGGUUUACAAUAUUCGUCUCAAAACCAAGCCUUCUUUUGUGCUUUCCCCAACCCUCCACCAUUGCUCCCGUUGUUACAUAUUCCGCGUCCUGAAACUCGUUCUUCUGAUCGUGACCGUGACUCGUGCAGACAAACUGGAUCUUGUCCUGUCACUAUACUUCUUACUGGAAAUAACCAUUCCCUUGGAACAACUAUAUCUCGGAAUCUUCUCAGUACAUCUUUCGCGAUGAACUCCUCUGAUCUUUUCUUGCGUAAUCUAGCCUAUAAUGUCUUGGGUACUACAUCAAAGGCAGACUACACCAAUUAUCUUGAUCCAGGGAUUCUCUCAGAUCUUCCCAUCUUCAACGUCCAACCUCGGUGCACUCCAGACACUACAACAUUCUCAUUCCCCUUCCGACAAUCACCUCUCGAGUUUCAUAAAGAGGUGCGAUGCGUUGAAGGAUUGAAUCUCUGGCGAAACAACUCCAUAGAGAUUAGCAAUGAGAUCUUCAAGGGAUAUCGACAAGGAAAUCUCGAGGAGAUCAUCAACGAGGUCGCUGCAGCAUAUGAUCUCAUGGAUACCGAUAUAAACAACUUCAAUGUGACCAUUUGGUACAACUCUACAUACAAGGGAGAUUUACGAGAUAGGCGUGUAAAGUAUGUCCGAGUUCCGCGCUCAGUAAAUUUGGUUUCGAAUGCUUAUCUUGAGUUUUUGCAAGGCUCAGGGACAAAGAUGUUAUUCGAUUUUGUGAAAGAAAUGCCAAAACAAGAAACUAGGCUCCGACUGGAAAUGGCGUCUCUCAUUGGCCCUAUUUUCUUCACAUGGGUUAUUCUCCUUCUGUUCCCGGUGAUGUUAACCUCAUUGGUGUAUGAGAAGCAGCAGCAUUUAAGAAUUAUAAUGAAAAUGCAUGGCCUAGGAGAUGAACAAGUUUCAGAGCUAUUUCUCCUUGUAGGACUGAAGUUCUUCCGGUUUAAUGACUACAGCAUCCAGUUCAUUUUCUAUUUUCUCUGCAUAAAUCUACAAAUCUCCAUCGCCUUUCUAGUUUCCUCAGCAUUUUCAAAGAUUGAGACAGCAUCAGUUGCUGCUUACCUAUAUGUGUUUGGAUCUGGGCUCUUGGGCGCGUUUCUCUUCCAGUUUCUGUUGGAAGGGAGUUGGAUAUAUAUCAUGGAGUUGUAUCCGGGCUUCUCUUUAUAUCGUGGGUUGUAUGAGUUCUCACAGUACGCAUUUAAGAGAAACUUGAAUGGAAGUGGUGGAAUGAAGUGGAAGGAUUUCAAUGAUAGUGCAAUGGAGGAAAUUUUCUACAUCAUUAUCGUCGAGUGGUUUGUUGCACUCAUUGCAGCUUACUAUACUGAUAAGAUAUCUUCAUCGGGAAUAGACCCUUUCUUUUUCUUGAAAAACCAAAACCCUUUCAAGAAAUCUCCUUCUCCAUAUGGCUUGCAAAGACAAGUCUCCGCUAUUGCCAUAGAAAUGGAAAAAUUAGAUGUUGCACAUGAGUUAAUGCUUGAGACGAGCACAGGCCAUGCGAUUGUAUGUGACAAUCUGAAGAAGGUGUAUCCAUGUAGGGAUGGGAACCCACAAAAAAUGGCAGUUCGCGGAUUAUCUCUUGCAGUGCCUUCAGGAGAAUGCUUUGGCAUGUUAGGGCCCAAUGGUGCCGGAAAAACCUCCUUCAUCAAUAUGAUGACUGGGCUUAUGAAACCAACGUCUGGGGCAGCCUUUGUUCAUGGUUUGGAUAUAUGCAAGGACAUGGACAUUGUAUACACCAGCAUUGGUGUUUGUCCACAGCAUGACUUGCUCUGGGAAACGCUGACAGGAAGGGAACAUUUGCUCUUUUAUGGGAGACUAAAGAAUCUCAAAGGCUCUGAUCUCGACCAAGCCGUAGAAGAAUCUCUUAAGAGUGUGAACCUAUUUCGUGGUGGAGUUGCUGAUAAACCUGCUGGGAAAUAUAGUGGAGGCAUGAAAAGGAGACUAAGCGUAGCAAUUUCACUUAUUGGGAGUCCUAAGGUGGUUUAUAUGGAUGAGCCAAGCACAGGACUUGAUCCGGCUUCAAGAAGGAGCUUAUGGACAGCCAUCAAACGUGCAAAAAACCACACUGCGAUAAUCCUCACGACUCACUCAAUGGAAGAAGCAGAGUUUCUAUGUGACCGAUUAGGCAUUUUUGUAGACGGAAGGUUACAAUGCGUAGGGAAUCCAAAAGAGCUAAAGGCAAGGUAUGGUGGAUCUUAUGUUUUAACUAUGACAACACCAUCGGAACAUGAAAAGGAUGUGGAGAUGUUGGUUCAAGAUGUUUCUCCAAACGCCAAGAAAAUAUAUCACAUCGCAGGGACACAAAAAUUUGAGAUACCAAAAGAGGAAGUUCGGAUCUCGGAAGUGUUUCAGGCGGUGGAGAAGGCAAAGGACAAUUUUAGGGUGUUUGCUUGGGGACUUGCAGACACAACUCUUGAAGACGUUUUCAUUAAGGUUGCUAGAACUGCUCAGGCCUCUAAUGUCUUCUCUUGAAUCUUCUUUAGAUUAUCAGUUUUUGUAGCUGUUCAACGUCAAUAUUUGAUUGUUCGAACUCAUGAAUUACGAUAAUGUUGCAAAUGCAUAAGAGUAAAGAAAAU